UAACACCAAACCUCCAGCGCGCCCCAAACAAAGCGUGCGCAUUUCAAACUUUCAGUUUAAACCCCUUCAUUAGACUAAAGGGAAACUUUAUCUUUGUAUAUGUCGUAGGCCUAUAUACUUAAUCAUGAGCAUAUCAAAGUCCAAAAUUAAGAAGCUGUUUGGGAAGUCAAAGAGUUUAGGUAAGGAAACCAGGGAUGCUGACAGGACUGAGGGACAGUGGGGAACUUCACCCGAAGACGAGCGCGCUAGUUUCAGAGAUUCGUCUAUGACUUUAACGUCGAGCCCUGUAGAUGUCACAUCAUCCCCGGACUCACUGCCCACCAGCCCCAGCGAGAAGAAGAAGAAACGUUUCCCGACCUGGAGGUCCAAAUCUAGAAAUAAAGAUAAAGAGUUUCUCAGCAGUUCCGGAGAAAUGGACCAUGUGUUCAACCACAGGAGUUUUGAUCAGGUGAGCAUCCAAACGGCAGACUAUUUGAUGACCGACACCUGCCCCACCCCUGUCCGCUCUCGGGCUAAUUCCAUGAUAAGCCUGGAUCUCAUCUCCCUUUCAGAUCCAUCUACUCCCACUCGCAAACACAGGAAGAGUUCUGAGGAGAAGAGUGGAGUUUUUAAUCGUAUUGGAAGUUUUUUCACUCGGAAGAAAAAAAGCAGAACCACAUCGGAUGACAGGGAUGAAAGUUUGUCGCCAGAGGCAAACAGCCCGACCAAGUACUCCGGAUCAGAAGAACUGAGACAGACUCAACACAGAGAGAUUGAUGAUAAUUCAGACUUUGGUCCAGAAAACAGAAGCCCCAGCGUGUGUAGCGUAGCUUCCAUUGUCGCAUAUGGAGGAGACUUGCCUUUUGCCGACAGUGGCAGUAGUGGACGAGGGAGCGUAAAAGAGGUGGAAGUGAUCAAAGUGAGCAGGGUCGAGACCUCCUGCGACAAGAAGACCGAGCAUCUGGUGCAGGAAGUGAACAGGAAGCUCAAGGUGUACCUAGAGGAGACAACAGACACAACAAUAAAGAAAUGUGCAGACGUCCCUGUACACACUCCUGACACGCCAAAGUAUUCCACGGCCUCAGGAGGGACUGAGAGUAAAAAAACAGUUUUGAAACCUACCAUCACAGGCGGCGGGAAUUACACGGCGCUGGUCGGGGUGACUCUGGGAUCACAUUCUAGAAACUCAUCGUCCUCCGACAUUCAGCCUGGAGAACAGACGGUAACUGAAAGCAUGGGGAAGAAAAACGGCUACAAACGAAAAUCACGCAAACUAAGCAAUCAAGAAGGCAAUAAUGAGCUUCCCACCCCAACAAACAAUACUUCCCCUGAGGCAGAGGAGAGGUCAGCUCAAUCUUCUCCCUCACCUGGUCAAGUACACAGAGCCGUGUGGGCGGAAACUCACCUGACAGAGGAGGAGAGUGAGAGCUCCAUUACUGACUCACUUUCUCCUGCAGAACCUGCUCUGGCCAGCCCAACUGAGAGUUACUCUAUCCUCGGUGCAGUUGCCAGCAACACUCCUGGUCCUUCUCGAGCUCCAGAGCCAGCCAACUUCACCUUACAAGACAGUACUGAACCACCAGAGGAGGAAACUCGAGAGAGACUUAUUCCUAAACACCUACAUGCUGACAGCAAUGAAGAGAAACGCAGAAGCUUGAAACUGUCAAAGAGUGAAAAAGUCUUUGCUAAAAGAGUGUUAGUUGGUUCUCAAUCAAGCCUAGACGGGGAAGAACAAGCUGAAAGUGAGACUAACUUGGAUAUAACGCAGAAUGUACAGCAGGUUAGGGUGAAAAUAUUACCAAACCCCAAAAGUGUGAAUGUCAAGCAGUCCAACCAACAGACAAAUGAGUCGGUAGAAGAUUGUGCUGUUUUCAUUCAAGAGCAGCCUCUCGAUGAGGAUGUAGAGAGCCCCUUUGAACUUUCAACAGAGAAUAGAGACGCUACUGAUUUCCUAGAAAUGUCUAUUAAUAAAGUACCAUUUAAUAGUGUGAUGAGCAGUCAUCAAAACUCAUCUGUGCCAUCCAAGCGUACGGACAGAGCUGCAAGUGGAACAAAUGGGGGAAUUAAAGCGAAGAGCCCUCCACCACAAGUUGCCCCUAAAACAAAAGCUGUAAUGUCUCGCAUUAAAAGCCUCUCUGAGGCAUCAACGAUAGAAGUGCCUCCAGUACGGAGAUUUUCGCAGAAGCAGACAGACCAAAAAGAGAUCAGGUCUCCAACAGAAAAAGACCAAUCUGUUACACUUAGUAAACCAAUUGACACUAAGACCAGAAUUCCUAAGAAAACCGGACCUGAGGUUCAAACAAAACCAAAGAAAGUGGUGGAGGUUGUCACAGUGUAUAGUGUGUCUACUGAAGCUGAAAGACAGAUGUCCACCAAACGUCAGAAUGGGGCAGGAUUAUUAAGCCCAGAGCAGAAAAUGUCACAGACAAAGAGAGUGGAAGAGAGGGAUGUUUUGGAUGCCUCACUAAUGACAAAAACUUCUGAACCCACCAAAGAACAGGUCACUCUUUCAAAGCCUAAAAGAGAAAGAAGUCUAAAAAAUUCAUUUUCUGUUUCUGAUGAUAAAUCCCCAUCCUCCCCAUCUUCACUGGAGAAUUCUGGUUCAGCAAAGGUUAACAUUGAAUUCAAAGCAUGUAAAGAUAUCCAUAAAUCAAAAACACAACCAACAAUUGUCAGUGACAAAAGUCCAACAACAAAGAGUAGUUUUCAUUAUUCAAAGAGUAAAGUCAAAUCAGGUGAUACUGGCAACAAAACCCAGGUAAAACUUUCUUCCUCAGCGCCUGGCAUUGACCAAUCAGAGCAGAACAUUGAAAAGGAGAAGUCAGCGAACGAAACCCAGCUAAGCGGGCCAAAGAGUCCAAGAAAAGUCAUGACUGAUGUGUCACCAACAGGAAGGAAGCUGCCUCAAAUGACACCUCUUAAACAGCCCUCAGAUGCCCGCGGAGAGAGUGAGUCAUAUGAACCCGCUUCUCUGCCACUUACCAAGCCAGAGAGAAAUGAGUCAUCACUGGUUAACGGUCCUGAAAGUAAUGGAAAAUCUUCCAAAUGUGAUCAAGCCACUGGGAAUGCUGCGGCCAGGGUAUCACCAGAGCUCAAAUUGAAAAGCCCGGUUAAGGACAUGGGUGAUUUACAGUCAUCAACACCACGUCUCAAAAGUCCCACUAAACUUACACCUAAGAAAGAUUUUAGGAAGGCAGAGGCAACUGCAGCUUCAGAUUCAAAAAUAGACAAAUGUGACAAGAUGAUGACAAAUUUGUCUGUCACACCCACCGCUGCUCUGAAAUCUGACACAGUUAAAAAUAUUUGUACACAAUCAAAAGCCAUUUCUGAAACGGAGAGUGAAAAUUGUGAUACUGCUGAGACCAAAGUCACGCCAGAUGUGUCACUUUCAGUAAAUGAUUGUCAAACCAAUCGACAGACAGAAUCAAAUCUAUCAAUUUUAUCAGACCCACAUGUGGAAGUUGCAUUAGAUAAACAGUCAGAUAUUGCCAAAGAAAAGGAUAUUGUUAGGUUUGGGGAAAAGACAUGUGCUUUUGCUACGGCAGAUGAAAUUUCCACAAUAUCCAAGACGGCUAAACAAUCAAAAGCCUCUUCUGAAACAAAUGGCAAAAAAUCUGGUGCCACUGAUACUAAAGUCACAUUGGAUUUGCCAGUUUCAGAAAAGAAUGAUUCACACUCCGAAAAACACCAGACUGAGUCAAAUCUACCGAUUUCAUCACACCCACAUGUCCACGAUGUACCAGAUAAGCAAUCAGUCAAAGAGAAGCCGCUUACUGGGUUCAAGAAAGAGAAGUAUGGCCUUACCAAGGAAAAUGACAUUUCCUCAAUACCUGAGAUGGGCCAUUAUACAGCCACUGAUCUGAGUAUUCAAGAUAUUUGUAAACGAUCAGAAACCACUUCUAAAACAAAGGGUGAAAAAUCUGGUGCUGCAGAAACCAAAGUCAAACUGGAUGUGUCACAUGUCCAGAUUAUGCCAGAUAUGCAGUCGGAUGUUGUCAAAGAGAAGUUUCUUGGAUUCAAAGAAGAGAAAUGUGCCCUUACUAAGACAGAUGAACUUUCCACAAUACCCAAGGCAGCUAAACAAUCAAGAGCUUCCUCUGAAAUGAAAGAGGAAAAAUCUGGUGCUGCUGAAACCAAAGUCAAACUGGAUGUGUCGCUUUCAGAAAACAACAAAAUGCAAACCAUAAAACUUCAGGCCGAAUCAAAUCUACCAGAUUCAUCAGAGUCACAUGUCCAGAUUAUGCCAGAUAUGCAGUCGGAUGUUGUCAAAGAGAAGUUUCUUGGAUUCAAAGAAGAGAAAUGUGCCCUUACUAAGACAGAUGAACUUUCCACAAUACCCAAGGCAGCUAAACAAUCAAGAGCUUCCUCUGAAAUGAAAGAGGAAAAAUCUGGUGCUGCAGAAACCAAAGUCAAACUGGAUGUGUCACAUGUCCAGAUUAUGCCAGAUAUGCAGUCGGAUGUUGUCAAAGAGAAGUUUCUUGGAUUCAAAGAAGAGAAAUGUGCCCUUACUAAGACAGAUGAACUUUCCACAAUACCCAAGGCAGCUAAACAAUCAAGAGCUUCCUCUGAAAUGAAAGAUGUAAAAUCUGGUGCUGCUGAAACCAAAGUCAAACUGGAAGUGUCGUUUUCAGAAGACAACAAUUUGCAAACCAUAAAACGCCAGACAGAAUCAAAUCUACCAGAUUCAUCAGAGUCACAUGUCCAGAUUAUGCCAGAUAUGCAGUCGGAUGUUGUCAAAGAGACAUUUCUUGGAUUCAAAGAAGAGAAAUGUGCCCUUACUAAGACAGAUGGAAUUUCCACAAUACCCAAGGCAGCUAAACAAUCAAGAGCUUCCUCUGAAAUGAAAGAGGAAAAAUCUGGUGCUGCAGAAACCAAAGUCAAACUGGAUGUGUCGCUUUCAGAAAACAACAAAAUGCAAACCAUAAAACUUCAGGCCGAAUCAAAUCUACCAGAUUCAUCAGAGUCACAUGUCCAGAUUAUGCCAGAUAUGCAGUCGGAUGCUGUCAAAGAGAAGUUUAUUGGAUUCAAAGAGGAGACAUGUGCCCUUACUAAGGCAGAUGAAAUUUCCACAAUACCAAAGACAGCUAAACAAUCAAAAGCUUCCUCUGAAGUGAAGGAUGAAAAAUCUGGUGGUGCUGAAACCAAAGACAAACUGGAUGUGUCGCUUUCAGAAAACAAUUUACAAUUCAUAAAACGACAGACAGAAUCCAACUUACCAGUUUCAACAGAAUCACAUGUGCAAGUUGCAUCUGAUGAGCUGCCAGAUGUUAUCAAAGAGAAGUCUCUUGUUGGGUUUGAGAAAGAGCCAACCAGUAAUCUGAGUGCUCAAGGUAUGGAGAAUUCUUGCCCUUCUCAGGAACAAAUCAUUCCAGUCAUUUCAGAGAAUUCAUCAAAGAUAGUCCAGAAGAUGGAGACCAAAGAGCACAGUGUGAAAAAUGCUCUAAAUUCAGAUUUGAAACGACCAAAAACAACUAUACAGUUAGAUGAAAAGGUUAAAAAUAAAGAAGAAAGUGGUAAAUGCAAAGUUUCAGAGAAGGAACCGGUUCAGUCUGAAGACUCAAGUAAAACAAACCCAGAAUGUGUCAAACAGAAUGAAUCCAAUAUAUCAAAGCAAGUUGAUGAGACAGCAGUAGCAGUGUUCACAGCUCCAGAGGCUGUUUCUAAACCAGAACCUAUUCAAAAAGGUGAUCAGCAAUUUCCACCAGUUAAAAAAAUACCAGAUAAACGGACUCUCAAAGUGGACAGGAAGAGUGAAGUCCGAAUUAAAAAUACCGAGUCUAACCUGAAAGUCAAGGAUUUUACAAAGACUAAAGAUAAACUACCAGCUAUUAACUUGCAAAAGCUGAAACUACCAUCCGACCAAAGCGUUCAACAAUUUACAUCUCAGAAUCUUCCUUUGGACCCCAAAAGCCUCUCACAAAUUAGCAAGGCACCAUCUAGUUGGUUAGACGUGGACCAAAGUUUUGAGAAAAAGAAAACCGAGAGACGUUUGGAUUGUUCUGCAAGUGAUGACAAUCAGCUUGACACUUCGGGUGACUUUGAUGAUUUCAUUCGUAACAUUAAAGAGAACUGCUCCCCUUUCUCUUUGCCUCCACGAAAACAUGGGCAGAACAAGAUGCCUUCGCCACCUUUUGCCAUGCCGGCCAUUAAAGAAGAUCACUUUGAAAAGAUUCUUGACCCAGAACAGUUCCAGUUUGGGACAAGAAAAACUGCGGGACCAAAAGACCCCUCUCCAGCCAUGAUUAUUAAGAAGAACAAUGAAGGGGCAAAAACCAACCCAUUGUCCAAACGUACUGAGGACAGCCUGCUUUAUAAAGGUCUUUCAUCUAGACGGGAACAAGACAAAGCUAAAAAGCUCACAGUUACUGAGGAGAAAAAUGAUGGAGAAAAACAAAUCACAGAAGGCUCUGGAAAAAUGUCCUCAAGAUUGGAAAGAAUGUCAAUAAUUUCAAACCUUGUGAACUACCCAAACACAUCAAGAAAAGCCAGAACUGAACCAAGCUCUCUCGUUAAUGGCAUUCAGUCCCCUAUAACGCCAUCACCAGAGGUGGUGCCAACCUCAGGAGAGCAGAAGGGUAUACCACUGUCCCAUGCUGUCACAGCUCCAAAAGAGGGGCUUGGUGAUUUGCCAGAUCAUGGUAAUGUAAAGGGUGAACCUGGUGAUUCAGUAAAGGGCCCAUUGACACCUCCUCCUCUUCCAACUUUCUCAGAAGUCAAACUGCCUGACUUAUUGGAGAAAUACAUGAAUAAAGGCAAAGAAUCCAACACAAUUAACCAGCAAAGGCCUGACACUAGCUCUCUCCCUACAUUGGAUAUUGGUCUCACCUCCAACACAUUUAAUUCAAACAUUGGACUGCAAGGCAAGCCAUCUCCAUCCAACAGCACUCAGCAGAUUCCACUGCUCACCCCCAGCAGCCUCUCACCAACAUAUGCAGAGACAUCAGGUGUCAGAGGCUUCCACAGACGCCCUGGAAAGAUUGUUAUAUACCAACAACCUCAUUCUGGAGGAGAGGCAUACGAGGUGUUCAGAGACGUAGAGGAUGCCACCUCUCUGACACUUUCUCCACUCAUCUCCGUAAAGGUCGUCAGAGGAUGCUGGCUGCUGUAUGAAAAGCCAGGCUUCCAGGGCCGAUCCAUCGCACUGGAGGAGGGGUCAGUUGACUUAGCAAAUGAGUGGGCGGAGACAGAGCCCAGUGGGGAGAUGGGGACAAACAGCAUGCCACUCCCAACUACACCCAUGGUCAUUGGCUCCAUUAGACUUGCAUUAAGGGACUACAGCACAGCAAAAAUAGACCUGUUCACAGAGCUGAAUGGGAUGGGCCGAAUGUCUUCAUUCUGCGAUGACACCAUAGAAACCUGUUCAUUUGGUAUUCCUCAAAAUACUGGGUCCAUUAAGGUCCACAGUGGGGUAUGGCUGGUCUUUAGUGACCCAGGUUUCCAGGGUCUUUUGGCUGUUUUGGAGGAAGGAGUAUAUCCCUGCCCUCAGGACUGGGGUUUUCCCACCCCAUUUGUCGGAUCACUGCGACCCUUGAAAAUGGGUGAAAUUAAGGUGGAAAAUCCCAAUGAAGUUAAGGCAGUACUCUUUGAAAAUCCAAUGUUCCAAGGGGAGUACAUAGAGAUCGAAAGGGACAUUUACAACUUUGAUGAAGGAGAGGAAGAGGAGAAGAAAAAUGAAGAAGAGGAGACUGAGAGUCCUGACAACACCAGGAGAAAGAGACUCUGUUCUGUCGGUUCAUUGAAGAUCCUGAGUGGCCUCUGGGUAGGAUACUCUGCGCCAGGAUUCGAGGGGCGCCAGUAUCUUCUGGAGGAAGGAGAGUAUGCAGACUUCACUGACUGGGGUGGACUGGAAGACAGGCUCCAAUCUAUACGUCCUGUGUUAGCAGAUUUCAUUACUCCUCACGUGAGAAUGUUCAGUGAGCGUGAUUUCACUGAGAGAGGGAUGAAUGUGGACCUGCUGGAACCUGUCAUCAGCAUGGAAGCCACUGGCUUUGGCAUAAAGACGCAAUCAGUGGAAGUCCUCUCUGGAGUGUGGAUAGCAUUCGAGAAGGAACACUUCUCAGGCGAACUGUAUGUUUUAGAGAAGGGUCUCUACUGCAGUCCAGAUGAUUGGGGAGCACACAACUUCAAGAUCUUGUCUCUUCAGCCUGUGGUUUUGGAUCAAGCUGAAGGACUGUCUAGAUAUAAGGUGCAGUUGUUCUCUGAGCUGGGGUUCCAGGGAACAGUACAGACCUUAGAUGAAAGUGUUGCAUUCCUGACAGAGGGCUUCCAGCCCAUGUCCUGCAAGGUUUUGGCUGGGAGCUGGGUGGUGUUCGACGGCCCACAGUUCACUGAUAACAUGUAUGUACUGGAGGAAGGAGAAUACCCCAAUCCUGAGGCUAUGGGCUUACUCAACUCAGAUUGCAAAAUCAGCUCUGUCCACAGUGUAGGACAUGAGUUUUCUAUACCCUCCAUCACACUCUUUUGUAAAUCCGGCUUCAGAGGGCGUAAAAUAGUUCUGACAGACGGCGUUUUGAACCUUUCUCUGGCUGGAAUUGAUGGGCGGGUCAACUCUCUAUUGGUCAAUGGAGGAAUCUGGGUGUUGUAUGAAUACAGCAACUUCCGUGGUCGUCAGGUCCUGCUCCAUCCCAGCGAGAUCGGUGAUUGGCAGAAGUUCAGCAGCUGGGAGCAGAUUGGCUCUCUUCGUCCAUUACUACAGAAACGUGUUUAUUUCCGGCUGCGUUGUGCAGAGACAGGGUGCUUGAUGUCUCUGUCUGGACCCCUGGAUGAUAUAAAGCUGCUUCGGGUUCAAGUGCUGGAGGAAUCUGGUGGUCCAGAGCAGAUGUGGGUCUAUGAGAACGGACUACUGCGCUGCAAGAUGGUAGAGGACUGUUGUGUGGAGACGUCUGGAGGUGUGGUGAUGGCAGGUUGCAGGUUGAAUGUCUCACCUGAACCAGGCAAAGACAAUCAGUUCUGGAGCAUCACGGGAGACGGAAUAAUACGCAACAACCUCAAGCCUGACCUUGUGCUGGAGGUCAAAGGUGGCCAACAGUAUGAUAAAAACCAGGUGAUUCUUAACACCUUUGAUGAGCAGAAAAACAACCAGAGAUGGACAGUGGAAAUCCUUUAGUGCUUGAGUCACAACAGAGACUAAUUCUGUUAUUCCUGAUGUUCA